AUGAAGCAUAAAAUAUUAGUUAGCAUCUUAAUCAUUUAGCAAUUAUCUUAUGUUUUUUCUGAAGGAAUAGACAGUUUAUAAGAUGAUUUUGAGUAUAGUUGCUUUUCUUGUGAUCCUUCCUGCUUAGAUUGUACAGGACCUUUAGCAACUGACUGUGUUUAAUGUUUUGAUGGAUAUAAGUUGAUAGGAGGAGAAUGUACAAAAUGCGAUCUUAAUAAUUAAUAAUUCUUAGAUAAGAAUAACAAUUGCUUGAAUUGUGAUUAAAGCUGUAAGAAGUGCAGUGUAAUUGCUACUAAUUGUACUUAAUGUAUUGAUGGAUUAAAUUUCUUUCCAGAUGGUUCAUGCUAACUAUGUGAUUAAAACAAAGGUUUUUACCUUUUGGAAAAUAAAGAUUGCAAAAAAUGUAGUAGCAACUGCAAAUAAUGCACUGAUAACAAAAAUUGCACAGUAUGUGAACCUAAUUUCAGCUUGAUAAAUGGAGAGUGUUUAUAUAAUCUUUGUGAAGAUGGAACAUUUUUAAAUGAACAAACAAAAAAGUGCGAUAUUUGUUAUCCGAGUUGUAAGUCUUGCACUGGAAGUAAAAUAAGUGAUUGUAAUGAUAUCAACAUAAGUAUAAAUUAAAGUGCUCUUUCAAUAGCAACAGGCGUUACUGGGUUUGUGACUUAUUCUUUAUUUGCUUUUAUGCCAUUAUAAUUUGUAGUUUCAAUCUUUGAUUUUGCUCAAUCCAUAAAUUUCUUGCUAUAUGUAAAUGUGAAAUAUGAUAAGCCAGUUUACUUUUUAUUAAAGAUAUUAGAUUUUAGUAAUUUCUUGUUUGUACCUAGUAUAUAAAAAAGCGAUGAAAAUGUUCCUCUUACUCACUACAGAGAGAAAUCUACAUCGAAUUUUCUUAUAAACCUCAUACAACCUGCAGCAGUUUUCGCUGCUGCUUUCAUCCUUUACAUCACAGCUAAAGUUGCUUCUUGCAAAAGAAAUCAAAAACCAAAUAUUUUUAUGAAAGCUAUUUAUUUUGUCAGCGAUAAUUUCUUUUAUUAUAUAAUUGUUGGAUUAAUAUAUUUAACUUUCUACAGGAUUAAUAUGGCAAUUCAGCUAUAACUUUAUAACUUUGGAGGAUAAAUCGUUUCUUCUGUUUUAUGCUUAGUAAUAUUGGCUUUUCAAAUAGGUUUAGUUCUACUUGGGUUUAAAUCAUUAUAAAAUGUGUAAACUUCUAAAAUAUUGAAAAAUUUGUAAAAUAAAUAUGAUUAAUAUUCAAAUGAGUAAUUUACCAUAAAAAACUAUCAAUUUAAUGGUUUCAUUUUAAUAAGAAAGAUGCUAUUUGUAAGCAUACUAGUAUUCUUAUAAAAUGAGAGCAUGAAUUAAAUUAUUCUAGUUCAAGGAAUAUUUAGUCUCUAAACUUUACUAAUAUUAAUAAAUAAACCAUAUCCAACUCAGAUAUAAAAUAAAAUCAAUAUUACUUGUCAUUUUCUGCUACUUAUGAUUAUAUUUUUAAUAAAUGGGUUAAUUUAUGAUGAAAUAAUUGAAAUAUUAACCAAAAAUAGCCGAUUAAUAAUUUCAGCUAUUAUUGUUUCCUUGAUAGGUCUAAUUGGCGUUUUAUAAAUAGGAUUAGCCUAUAAGUUAUUUAUGCUGAAAAGAGAAGCUUUAUUAAAAAAAAAGUAAGAGCUUAAAAAUAUAUGA